AUGGCAAGAACAAGAACUAGUGUUGGAACCAACGGCGGCCGUGGAAGAGGCCGUGGUGAAAACGAAGACUCUGGUCAAGGUCGUGGUAUUGGUCGAGGAACUGGACGGAGUGGAAGCCGUGGUAUUGGUCGUGGCACUGGACCUGAGGUAGUUCAAGGUGUUGGUCGCGGCGUAGGUCGUGGAAAUGAACAAGCUGGAGGUCGAAGUACUGGUCGUGGCGUAGGUCGUGGUGCAGGCCGCGGUGGCGACCGAGGUAGUGGUCGUGGAUGCGGUCGUGGUGAAGCUGAAAAUGAAACCACUAAUGAACAAGCUGGAAUGCAACCAGACCCAGCCAUGAUUGCCAUGAUCACCCAAGUGGUUAAUACUAUACUCGCACAAAAUGCUCAGAGUGCACAAAAUGCAGAGAAUGAAGAUGCUCAGUAUGAGGACGCUGAGGAUGAUCAGGAUGGUGAAUAUUAUGAAGACGUUGAUCAAGGAAUUCGACUUGGGAAUGUGCCAAGGGGACUUAGAAGUGGUGUCAGGGCUUGUACUUGCAAAAUCUUUAAGGAUUGUGGUGUGCAAGAGUAUGAUGGCUCCAAUACAUUCUUGGUGGACUGA